UCAAAGCAUCUGUCAAAAGCCGACAUCUUUGGCUUUGCAAAGUUGAAAAUUUUAAUUUUCCCAAAAUAAAAUAGAAGUUUUAUUCAAUUUUCAAUAAAAUUUCAUCAAUAAAAUUCUCCCCAACUUCUUGUCUGAAAAAUAAAUAAUAAUUUCUAUGGAUAUUUAAGGUGGACUCUGCUUAUACAUCAGGAAAGAAAUAUAAGAAUCAACACUGAUUAAUUAUGACACAGUACUUGCCGCCAAAUCUUCUAGCUUUAUUUGCAGCUCGAGAUCCGAUUCCAUAUUUAGCACCCGUAGAUAAAUUACCACAUGAAAAGAAAUCCCGAGGAUAUUUGGGCGUGGGCAAAUUCUUAAGUGAUUUUGAGGAUCCCAAGGAUACACCGCCACAUACACGUGUGGAAACAAGGCAGGAACGAUUGGAACGGCGUCGUCGUGAAAAAGCUGAACAGGUUGCUUACAAACUCGAACGAGAAAUCGCAACAUGGGAUCCUCAGCAAAUAGCUGAGGCAACGGAAGAUCCAUUCAAGACGCUGUUUGUAGCACGAGUAAACUAUGAUACUUCUGAGUCGAAAUUACGCCGUGAAUUUGAAGUUUACGGCCCGAUCAAGAAGAUCAUUAUGAUCACGGACAUGGAAACAGGGAAACCUCGUGGGUAUGCGUUUAUAGAGUAUGAGCAUGAACGGGACAUGCACUCGGCGUACAAGCAUGCUGAUGGAAAGAAAAUCGAUGGCAAACGAGUGUUGGUUGAUGUGGAGAGGGCACGAACGGUGAAAGGCUGGUUGCCGCGUCGUUUGGGUGGUGGUUUGGGUGGAACUCGUCGGGGAGGAGCUGAUGUAAAUAUUAAGCAUUCCGGACGAGAGGACAACGAACGUGAACGUGAGCGCUAUCGCCUCGAGAGGGAGAGAGAAGAUCGUGGUGGUGAUCGUGGAGUUGUGGGAGGUGGUGGUGGCGGUGGACCACCACAGCCUCGAUUCGAUGGCAGGCGGCGUUCGAGAUCAAGAGAUCGACGUGAGCGAGAACGAUCUAGGCAUCGUAGUAGGUCUAGAGAACGCAGGAAGCGCGUUCGUGGUGGAAGCCGUGAUCGAGAAUAUGACGACCGUGCCGAAAGACGUGGAGCCCCCGCCGGAGGUCCUGGUAUGCCUGUUGAAAAAGAACGAGAACGUGAACGUGAACGGGAGCGUGAUCGUGAACGCAAGAAGAAGCGUUCCAAGUCUCGCGAACGUGAACGUGACCGUUCGGAUAAGAAACGCGAUAGACGCGACAGAGAACGAGGUGAGCGUGAUCGUGGAGAUCGCGAAACCAAGGAAAGGAAACCCGAUUUCCGUGAUGACAUUGUUAAAAUCAAAGAAGAGCCUAUCGAUGAUUAUCCAUCAUACUCAAUUCAGCCUCUUAGCUAUCCAGGCAUCAAAACAGAAGAUGACGAAGUUAAAUAUCGACCACCAAAUGAUCCACAAUAUAGUCAGCCUCCCCCACGUAUAUCCAAUGAUCGAGAAAAUGGUCAGAACCAAAACUCGAAUGAUGACAAAGAAGAACAACAAUGGUGGCGUUAGUUGUGGGAUAUAUUCAUUCAUAAUAAAAUUUUAGCGGUGUCUUUCCUUUCGAUCCCCAUCUCGCCCCCACGCCACCAAACAUCAUAUUCAAGUAGAAUGUUAUUGUAAUAUUUUCUUUUUAAUUUUUCUUCUAUUCUGAGAACGCAAUUUUUUAUUUUUUUUAUUUUAAAUAAAUAAAAUAAUAAAUAAAUUAGAUAAAACAUAAAUUUCCUGCAAAAUGUAACGGAAACAACAGAAAAAAAAACAUUAGCAAUAAAAUAAGAUGAUUUUUUAUUUAAAAUUCAAAAAGCAGAAAAAGGCAACACAGUGUAAUAGAAGUCGUGUCUUUUUUUCUACAAUAUAAAUUAUAAAUGACAUAAAACAUACAACUAGUUUUAAAUUAAAAAUAAAACAACAAUAAAUAAAUAAUUGCAUGAUUAUUAAGUAAAACAGUAGAAAAUAUAAAACCAAUUAAAAUAAAACAAUCACCUAGAAGACACAAUGAUUUAAAGAAAGAAAAAGUAAUAAAUCACUAUAAAAUAAAUUCUAGGUUAUUUACACAAAAAUAUAUAGAAGAAGAAAAUUUACUUUAUUUUUUAAAAUAAACUUUUAUGUUAGCAGGUCUCAUAAGAAGAAUAAGUGAAGUGUGAUGCAGAAAAAACGAUUAGUCAUAAAAUAAAACA